CGGUCUUGGAUAUUUGCGAGCGAGGACGACGAUGAACAUGCUGAGCUCCGUGAAGGGCUACAUGGCCAACGUCUUCGACAUGGGCGGCCAACAGACCGGCGCCGUCGAUGUCGUCGCCAUCCAGCACGAGGCGUCGGUGCGCACGACGCCGUUCCACGCGCGCUUUGGGCGGCUCGACGUCCCAAGCACAGACGACCGCCGCGUGACGCUGCUCGUCAAUGGCGUCGCCGUCGACCACGUUUUGCUCGAGAUUGAUGACCGCGGCGAGGUCUAUUUUGUGGACGACGAGCCGAGCCCGAGCCGCGACAGCUUGGCCCUCGAGCUCGAGCUUGAGAGCCUCUCGAUCGACGAGACAAGUCCGUCCUUGGUCACGGCGAUGCCUCCCUUUAGCCCGCUCCAAGGACCGAUGGACGAUGGCCACAUGCCGAUGACGAUGCUCGACUCGCCCGACCAUCGGCUUUACUUUGACGCACUCGACAACAAGCGCAGCGCACCCAACUCGGUGGAGAAAGGCGGCUCGUCGUUUGGCCCGAAUCAGCGCAACCCGAGCGUGUACUUUGACGCGAUGGAGCGCCACUCGCUUCUCGACGCCGACGUGGACGACUACAUGGCCGAGUCCCAUGACGCAAGUAGCAGCCCUCUCGAGGCCGACGCGCCGCAGUUGUCGCUCUGUGGCCACUUGCUGCAACCGUCGCUCUGCGCAGACGAGGUCGCCGCCCUCGUCGCCGCGCACGCCGUGUCGGCCGCCGACUUUCGAGCGAAUCCGCUCGGCAUCCUCCAGCACCCGCACCUGAUGGUGUCGGUGCACGGCCUCGUGCACCCGUACGACGUCUUUAUGCAGGCCUACUUUGUCUCGAAGGUCUGCUUCCCCAAGCGUAUCCCGACAAGUGCGGCGGCCAUUCCAUCGACCAGAGACUGUAGUAGUAUGGAGGAAGGUACGCGGCUUGUGCGCUCCGAGAGCGACCCGCUGCGCUGGUUCCAGUGGUUUGCACCGUCGGACGCGUCAACAGCCAGCAACACGUCGUCCUCCGUGACGUCGUCGUCGUCGAGCCCGAGCCGCAGCCACGCGAGUGCGACCGAGCUCGCCGCCAUGGGCUUUGUUUACGGGGACAACGCGAUCGAGUUUGCCGUGCCCGGGGCACCAAAGCGUGCGUCCGCGGUCGUCUACUUUUGGCACGCGUCGAGCAAGCUCAUCUUUGUCGACAUUGACACUGCGCUCCGCGCGACGACCAAGAGCUUGUACCCCGGGGUCGCGUACUUUCUCGAAAGCGUCGCAGCGAACGGGUACCAUGUUGUGUACACGACGGUCGUGCGUGGACGCGCGCCACCGGCGGCGCUGCCCCGGGGCCCGGUCUGCGCCGCUCCGCUCGCAUCGCUUUUGCAUUCGCUUCGGUCGCUCUUCCCAUCCGACAUGAGUCCCUUCUACGCUUCGUUUGGCAGCGCAUCAACCCUGCCGCUCUUGGUCCAAGCUGGUGUCCCGAAAGGCCGCGCGUUCGCGGUCGAGGACGGCCGCGUCGCGUCGGCGCGCGUCACGUCGUCGUACGAGCGCUUGGUUGAGCCCCGCGUCUUCGAGGCCAUGUUCCCGCCAAUUUACUCGGUGGCCGUGUGCAAGCACCAGACGCCGAUCCAGCUGACGCCGAGCUUGAGCCCCAACUCUGGUUUGCUCGCGAGUCGCUGCCACACGCGCACGACCGGCGACGAAGCGUACAACGACGUCAACUUUUGGCGGGUUCCCCCGAGUACUAUUUAAACAGCGCCGUGAUACCUCGAUACUUUGAUACUUAAAAAAAAAGUGGUCUCUUUUCGUUU